AUGACUCUCGAUUCAUUCUCCCAGCUCAUCCUGCUUCUCCUUGAUGUUGGCCCUGGCGACCCCAUUCCGCCUCACCACGCAUCGACUAUCAGGGCGACACUCGUGCAGUGUUCAUUCGAUGGCUUGGCGGAUUCAUCGUUGCCCACAUCACACCAGGACACCAAUCUCCUCAGCCAAGCUCAAGAAGAUGGAGCCAAACUCCAGGAAAUGAUUGACAACCCUCAAAUGGCCUGCCCCGUCAAUCGAUCCAACAUCACCUUAUCAGUCCUGGACCCGGAUGCAUGGCAUAUCAUCAUUCGCCCAGGCGAGACACCCCCCCAGGGCUUCUUCACUCGAUCCUUGGCUGCCCUGGCUCUCCCAUCUACCGGCUACUGGACUGUGAUGUUCAGUCACUUUUGCCCUCCCAGCGAUGAAACGGACAAUAUCUGGAGAGGACGCGUUGCUCCUGGAGUGAUCUUCAUCGAGGACAUUGAAAGAAGGAACUUUGGGCCCUGGUCCUCGGAAUUGACGCAGCUUGCGUAUGAGACGCUAGGCCCGCUUUUCACCCUACGCACCAUUUUUGUCACCAAUGUCGUCAACACGAGCACGCGCCCCGUUGCUGAGCAGAUUUGGAAGGACACAUCCACGAACGUGUGUGUUUACGGCACACGGGAGUACCAGAUGCUGCUGGGGACGCGGAUCGGCAAGACUAUUGCCUACUUUAUUCUCGGGGCGUUUGGUCAGGGAAGUCGUCGAAUCUCUCGUAUUGUCAUUUGGUGGGCCGGACAGGCGUCUGACAUAUUGCAGAUGCGAUUCGAUGUGGAGGACAUCUAG